AGUUGAAGACCAAUUGUACGUGACGUCAUCACCAAUGCCAAUAGCCAGCAUACACCAGGAGCAGCAAAACAAUCAUUUUGACGAGUUGCAGAGGAGAGGAAGAGGAGAAGGAGGAGGAGGAGGAGGAGAAGGAGGAGGAGGAGGAGGAGGAGAAGGUGGAAUAGGAGGAAGAGGAGGAGGAGGAGAAGGUGGAAUAGGAGGAAUAGGAGGAGGAGGAGGAGGAGGAGGAGGAGGAGGAGGAGGAAUAGUAGUAGUAGUAGUAGGAGGAGGAGGAGGAGGAGGAGGGGGAGGUGUGCUUCCCCUUGCAUGCAAUAUGGCCAUGACCCCCGAUAUUGCUAACGCUUCUUCUCCGUUUCUGACCGUUGAUGGAGACGUCGGAUUGACGGAUGAAGAGGGUCGGAAAGUAUCGCGCAACAUGUUCUAUGCUGGAUUCCUUGGGCUCCCGUUUCUCUGGCUGGUUAAUUGUUACUAUUUUUGGCCCGUCCUGCGAUACAAGGGAGAUUCCAUAAUCCGUAGAUAUUUAGUAUUGUCACUUCUUGGACUUGUCCUAAGCGUGGGGGCUGUGCUAUCGUGGAGCCUGGCGUUCUCCAUUGGCGGGAAAAGGUUGAUUGGAGAAGACACGUGGCGAAAGCUUGCUGUGUUUAACAUUAUCAGUGAUCCUGACAUGUGGAUGAUGGGUGCAUAAAAGGUCUGCUGCUGCGCCUUAUCUUUGUCCUUGUUGGCGGGAAAAGCGGUUUGUUGGCGGGAAAAAGGUUGUUAGGAGAGGACACGUGGCGAAAGCUUGUUGUGUUUAACAUUGUCAGUGGUCCGGACACGUGGAUGCUGGAUGCAUAAACCAUCUGCGCCUUAUCCUUACCCUAUUGGCGGGAAAAAAAUGGUAUAAGGUUGCUUGGAGAAGACACGUGGCGAAAGAAAGAUCUGCGCCUUAUCCUAUUGGCGGGAAAAAAAAGGGAUAAGGUUGCUUGGAGAAGACACGUGGCGACGACUUGCUGUGGUUUACCAUUAUCAGUGAUCCCCUGAUCUGUGGAUGAUGGCGGGAAAAGGUUGCUGGGAGAAGACACGUGGAGAGAGAGAUCUGCGCCUUAUCCCUAUCUUUUUGGCGGGAAAAGGUUGCUUGGAGAAGACACGUGGAGAGAGAGAUCUGCGCCUUAUCCCUAUCUUUUUGGCGGGAAAAGGUUGCUUGGAAAAAGACGCGUGGCGAAGACUUGCUGCUGUCUUUGACAUCAUCAGUGGUCCCCACAUGUGAAUGACGGAUAGCAUAAAAUAUCUGCCCCUUUAUUGGCAGCUUUUUUUUUUUUUUUUUUUUUUUUUUUUUUUUUUUUUAACCACAACGAGUUCCGAUCGUGAUUUUGCCGACCCUGAUUUUCACUGCGCACCGAGUUUUGCCGUCCCUGGGUCCUAUUGAAUAUCAUCGUUGCCCCCCGGACCGGCCAAUUUAAUAUCAGGGUUCUGUAUGUUUCUAUAUUAAAAAAAAAAAAAAAGAACCUGGGUCUGGAUUUCAACAGUUCAUGAUGGGUGUACCAACUGAGCUACCUUCUUCACCCGAAUACAACGCACGGUCAUUAUAGCUGAAUUUGGGUUAUCUUUCAGUCGAAAUACAGCUGCUAUAAUGACCGUACGUUGUAUUCGGGGGAAGAAAGUUGGCUAUAAUCACCGUACGUUGUAUUCGCGGGAAGAAGGUAGGCUAUAAUGACCGUACGUUGUUUUCGGGGGAAAGAAGGUAGGCUAUGAUGACCGUACCUUUUUCCCCCGAGUACAACGCACGGUCAUUAAAGCUGAAUUUGGGUUAUCUUUCAGUCGAAAUACAGCUGCUAUAAUGACCGUACGUCGUAUUCGGGGGAAGGAAGUAGGCUAUAAUGACCAUCCGUUGUAUUCGGGGGAAGAAGGUAGGCUAUAAUGACCGUACCUUCUUGCCCUGAAUACAACGUCACACUUGGGUUAUCUUUCAGUCUAAAUAUCUUCACUCUAUCUAAAUACCUUCAGUCUAUCUAAAUACAGGUAUAAUGACCGUACGUUGUAUUCGGUCAGUAAAGCUGUAUCUGACCGUACGUUGUAUUCGGGGGAAGAAGGCAGGCUCGUUGGUGUCGUGGACGUUUCGUGGAAGUUUCGUGGCAGUUUCGUGGAACUGACUGUGUGGUCCUUCGGGACAUCCAGUAAGAGCAUGCACUCGCACUGCUAUACGAGGUUUUCACGUAAUUUGGGACAGAAUUGCGGCCAGGUACAUACAGGUAUGGCCGUGAAUGAGGUCAGAUACAUUUGAGUUAGAGAUACUGCCUACGGUAGUGUGAGUACGCCCUAAAAUUGGAACGAUACAGAGAAGGAAGGGUAAUUAGCAAAAUGGCCCCUGCGCUUUCAAGGAUGACAGGCAUAAAUCGAGAACCGACUGUGUGACAGAGGACCGAUGAAGUCGGGGAGUUGCUGUGGGUGCUUCGCUCCACUGAACGACAUUGGAAACGUAUGUGGCUCUGGUAAUGGUCCCGAUACAUUCAAAAUGUUUGGUCAGUUCGAAUGCAUCUGGGCCACAAUUCCGUCCUGAAAUGUU